GCGCCGGACAGACAAGGGGAGCGCACCGUGAACGCAUGAAGGAUGGAUGAACUUUAAAUCUGCCUCACAACUUUCAACGCCUCUCUCUCUCUCUCUCUCUCUCUCUCUCUCUCUCUCUUUCUCUCUCCCCGUCCGUCAGUCUCUUUCCCCAGUCUCCUUUCCUCUCCUCCGCCGCUCUCUGCUCCAGAAGCGGAACAAACCAGGAGGGGGGAGAAGAUCUCGACAAUGGAUUUACCGCGAUCACGAUCCCGCUGUGAAUGAUCAGACCUGUUUGUUUCUUCUUUCUUUUUUUUCUUCGCGGAGGCUCAUCAGCGUCUUGAGUCGAGAUGAUGGCUUCAAUAGGGGAAUUCGACCCUCUCAACACCAGAGUCCCUGCAACUAAAAUAGAAGUUACCGUGUCGUGCAGGAAUCUUCUGGAUGUGGACACAUUCUCCAAGUCAGAUCCUGUGGUCGUCCUGUAUUUGCAGGCUGUGGGAACCAAAGAGUGGAGGGAGUUUGGCAGGACAGAAGUAAUCGAUAACACUCGGAAUCCCGAUUUCGUCAGGAAGUUUGUCCUGGAUUUCUUCUUUGAAGAGAAACAAAAUCUAAGAUUCGAUGUGUACAAUGUCGACUCCAGAAGCUGUAAUAUUUCCAAACACAAGGACUUUCUUGGCCAGACCUUCUGUACCCUUGGAGAAAUCAUCGGCUCCACGGGGGGAAGGCUGGAGAAGACCCUCUCUGGGAUUCCAGGGAAGAAGUGUGGAGUCAUUAUCUUUACUGCAGAGGAGCUCAGUAACUGCAGGGAUAUUGCUACUAUGCAGUUGUGUGCCAACAAGUUGGAUAAGAAAGACUUUUUUGGCAAGUCUGACCCCUUCCUGGUUUUCUACCGCAGCAACGAGGAUGGAACGUUCACCAUCUGCCAUAAGACAGAGGUGAUCAAGAACACGCUGAACCCGGUGUGGCAGCCUUUCACCAUCCCUGUCAGAGCUCUCUGCAACGGAGACUACGACAGGACUGUGAAGGUAGACGUCUAUGAUUGGGAUCGAGAUGGCAGCCAUGACUUCAUUGGUGAGUUCACCACCAGCUACAGAGAGCUGUCUCGGGGGCAGAACCAAUUCAAUGUCUACGAGGUUUUAAAUCCCAAGAAGAAAGGCAAGAAGAAGAAAUACAUCAAUUCUGGGACUGUAACUCUCCUGUCCUUCAAAGUGGAGUCCGAGUAUACCUUUGUGGAUUUCAUCCGAGGAGGAACCCAGCUGAACUUCACAGUGGCUAUAGAUUUCACAGCAUCCAAUGGUAACCCGUCCCAGCCCACCUCGCUCCACUAUAUGAGUCCCUACCAGAUGAAUGCAUAUGCCAUGGCCCUGAAAGCGGUGGGUGAGAUUAUCCAGGACUACGACAGCGACAAGCUCUUUCCUGCCUAUGGCUUCGGAGCUAAGCUGCCCCCUGACGGCAAAAUCUCCCAUGCAUUUCCACUGAGUGCUGACAGUGAGAAUCCAAACUGUGUGGGAAUAGAGGGCGUUCUCGAGGCCUAUUUCCAGAGCCUGAGGACGGUGCAGCUGUAUGGACCCACCAACUUUGCACCUGUUAUCAACAAAGUGGCAAACUGUGCAGCAGAGAUUACAGAUGGCUCCCAGUACUUUGUCCUGUUGAUGAUCACAGAUGGAGUGAUAUCUGACAUGGUCCAGACCAAAGAGGCUGUGGUCAAUGCAGCAUCACUCCCUAUGUCCAUCAUCAUCGUAGGUGUUGGGCCUGCUGAGUUUGAUGCUAUGGAGGAGCUGGAUGGAGAUGAGGUGAGAGUAUCCUCCAGAGGACGGCUUGCUGAGAGAGACAUUGUUCAGUUUGUUCCAUUCAGAGACUACAUCGACAGAUCUGGCAACCAGGUCCUCAGCAUGGCCCGGCUGGCUAAAGACGUCCUCGCCGAGAUCCCCGACCAGCUGCUGUCCUUUAUGAAAAGCCGAGGAAUUGAACCGCGACCGGCUCUCUCCACCUCUCCGUUACCGGGGCUACACCGGCAUAUCUGACCCCGACACUACCACGGCCACUCAUCUCUCUCUCCCUCUCUCUCUCUCUCUCCCUCUUUCCCCACUCCACCACUCUGCUUAUCUACUCUCACAAUUAUUUGUCACUUUAAAAAGGAGCAGAAGGAUCGACCCGUGACUUGCCCUCUUCCUCUCUUAUCACCCGUGAAGCUAAACAGGCACAUCAGAGCGACGCAGCGGGCACUCAUCCCUGACUCACCUGCUGUUGUUCCUCAUCUUUUCCUCUCUAACUCACCCUGUUAUACGGCAUCACUUCCCAUUUACCGUGUGAAAGACCAGUGAGACUGAACCAUGACCAUCCCUUUCCUCCCCACUGAUUAUCAUUCAGAGUCUGACUUUUUGAAUUUGUCUGUUAAUUCCCCUCACCAGACACUUCUCUUUUUUUUUUUUCAAGGGGAGGUUUUUACAUGUGUCUUUGUCCUCAGCAGCGUUGACUAUUCUCUUAUUUGGCACGAGUCCCAGAAGCGCAAGAAACAAAAAUUGAAUUGAGGCUAGUCCCUAAAUGAAAGCAGAGCCCUUGAUGAGCAAUAUACACCGGCUUGAUUAGGUGCUUUCGGGGGGUAUCUCUGGCUAUAGUUUGAUUGUAAUUCAUUGGAGUAAUUGGUCACCAUUAUUAUAAUACUUUACUAUCGUCAAUAUCAUCGAGCCGCGCCAAAUCUCUCUAGCAAUUAGUUUAAUCCAAACAGAAGAAAUAGAGGGGAGGAAUCAGGGAGACUCUCGUGUGGACGUCAUACAGAGGGGUAGCAGACAAGUGUUGGCAGGUCUAGUGUGGGGGCUCCAGUCACAUGUUCAUUAUUACCCGUCACACACACACACACACACACACACACACACACACAUACACACACCUCUGUGUCUGCCAUGCCACACCCACCCUCUCUUUGCCCAGCAUGGGCUGAGGCUGGGUGCAGAUUCCCCCCCGCUGUUAGAGAAAUGCCAGUCUCUCUGGCUGCCCCUGCAGAGAGGCGGGGGAGGAGGAAGGAAAGAAGAGACGGGGAGGGAGGCAAGAAGGCGGAGGUGGGAGUAAACAAAAGAGAAAUGGAGGUGUAAGAGAGUGAGGGAGAAACAGAGAGAAAAACAAAUGUGGAGUGUGGAGGAAAGAGACGAGAGAUGGACAAGGCAGCGAAGAGACAGACAAUAGCCCAGCGCUGUGUUCAGUUUUAGUUUGAAUAGUCUUUGUGUAUCUCAAUGAAGGAUAAAUGCACAUUCUCCAAAAAGCAAUAUUCCUGACUUCCAGUGUAACGUUUGCCCUAUGCAUGUCCCUCCCUCUCCCUCUCCCCCGCUAUGACUUGACAUUUUAUUGCCAGGCAGACUGAAGCCGUGUACAAAGUGGGCAAAGUCUGCCACCUAGUGUUCACGCUUUGUAGAGCUGGGUAUCUUAAUUAUGCAUGACCGCUGUACAUUCCUAUACAAGCUCACACAGUGCAGACGCAUGAAACUUAUGCAGCUGACUUUACUAUCAUAACACAGCACAGUGAUUCCAGGCGUCCCAACAGCUCAAAUAACAGAGAGAAAACCACUCUGAUGGUUUAGGAACUACAGACAUCUUUGUUCUUAUGACGUGAAAUGUGUCGCUUCUUGAAGACGUUCUGUUAAUGUCAGUGUGAUGGUGGUGGCUUAGAGGGGUGUUUAAUGUGAUGUGUAAGUAUAUUCUUUUUUUAUUUUUUUCUUUCCCAAAUGAACUUGUACAAUAAUUAGUUUAAUCGUCAAGAUUUUGCAUGUCGGGGAAAAUCAGUGUGUUACAGUGUUGAAGUUGGUGUUGUCAUUGCAAAUGAUUGUCCAAAAAAAAGAAAAAGAGAGAGAUAUGAAUAUAUCUCAAAGUAAUAUGCAUCCUUCUUGUGUCACUGUACAUUUUCAUUUGUCAACCUCAGAGCUAACCCGUGUGGGCAGUGUCUUGCAGAAACCUGGUUUAUUCAUUAACUGAAGCUUGUGAAUUUCCCCCCAUUGAGAGACAUGUAUUUUUGAUAUUUUGCAACGAUGUGGCCUGUUCUCACGGUCACCAAAUCCAGACAUGUAAGGUCUCUGCAAGACACCUGCGUAUCAGUGCACACCAGCCUGUAGUGUGAUUUUUGUACAAGAGCAUUUUUGUCUCUCUUAUCUCUGUCCGAUGGCUUUAUUAACACGUCUAUAUUCAGCAUAGUGUUUAAAACAUGAAGAUGGAUAAGGUUAGAUUGUAUAUAUAGUACAGUACAUGAUGAAAUAUGUUUCCCACUCGUUUGCUUACAGUAGAGCUAAAAGAAAAGAAAAAAAAAACCUUUUAAAUUUGUGUCUCUAAUAAUAAAUCUAUAUUGUAUGUUGACGUUUUUAUGAAUGUCCAACUAAGAAGAAUGUAGAAGUUUGAACUAGAAACCCUUAACUGUUUUGACGAAUAUCUUAUCGUAUUUUGAUAUGAGGUUUGACUAAGUUUGUGUUUACUCAUAUCUCCUGAAGUUGAUGAAUUGCAUUACGAUAUUACCAAACAUAAAGCGACACAAUCUGAUCGUUGUAUGUUGUUGUUUGUCCGCAGAGAGAUUAUUUAAGGUGGCAAGUUGACGUUAUUACGGUAUCCACGGUGAUGAUUCAUUCUCCAGCACAACACAGCGCUGAGCUGCCUCCCGUCAAACAGGCUUAUAACUGCUUGAUUCAGUAAACAGAUUAAAGCACUUUAAUACACAGAGCUAUACAUAAUGGUGACAUGUUUGCCUCAGACCUGAUUUCUUCGCUAUAUCGCCUGUAUCUACUUCCCUCUUGUGUUGAAAAUAAAUAUAUACUUCCUGA